GCUAACUGUGCGUGCGCACUACAUGUCCCAGGUAGCCAUAGUUCGUAUCCAGGAAGUUCUCUUCCGUUGUCAAGUAAACUUUUGGCUGUUGUAGCUCUCAGUUUGUAAACGUAUAGACCAAGUUAUUCUCUGCAACAGCCGUGAGAGAUGAAUUUCUCUCAUGGAUCUGUGGCUCAGGAUGUCCGGCCUGGUACAGCACGGGUUCUGGUGACUGAGUUGUGUGAUUUGGGCUACAUCAAUCCAACUCCUAUUACUAAACCCUCCGAGGACUCUGACACAGACAUAGAGCUCUAUUUGUCUCCGGAGAGGCUGGAACUGCUGUGUGGAACUCAGGACCUCAAUCAUGUGACCUCAUUGGAGGUCUGCGUAGACACCUAUGAAAACAGAUUGGGUAACUUUGGAACCUACUUGCCGCGAUUACUGCAGCUCAGAUUGAACAACAGCUUGAUCACAUCAGUAAGAGACUUGGGAACCACCUUUUCCAACCUGCAGGUGUUAUCAAUGUCUCGCUGCUGCCUCAAAGAUCUGGAAGGCAUUUCUACUUUCACUUCUCUCAAGGAGCUUUACGUCGCCUACAAUAACGUGUCCGACCUGAGUCAGGUUGGCAUGCUGGAGAACCUGCAGCUGUUAGAUUUGGAGGGGAAUGAUAUUGAUGACUUAGUCCAGGUUCAAUAUCUGGGUUUGUGUGUCAAACUCCAGACACUUACCCUGGAGGGAAACCCUGUGUGUCAACGUCCAAACCCCACUUCCACUCAGACGGAAAGCUACAGUUACAGGGCAGCAGUGAGGGAGUUGGUCCCUCAGUUGCGUUGCCUUGAUGAUGUAAAAGUGGAGGAGGAUAGACUGCCCCGUUAUAGCACCAUAGGGGAAGACUGGGACAUUCUCCGAAACUCUAUCAAGGAGGGCAGCUCCUCUAAAGCUGCCAGUAAAGAUGAGGAGACAGCCGACAGUGGAUGUUCCUACAGCUUGCACACCUCUGCCAUGCGGCCGUCUUCCAGUCCUUCCUAUUUCAGACCUGCAUCAGCAGGUGGUUUCAGACCAAACACUGGCUCCAGAUGCAUGUCAGCUACUAGCUCUGGAGUUCUUUCCCCUUCCGGAUCCAGACCUGGUUCUUCAGACUCCGAUAUAGCAGCAGCAGAAGCAGAAACCAGCAUCCUCACACAUGGAGCUGGCAAGAUCCUGUUCUGUGGAAACCCAGUCCAGGCUAUUCGAGCGAGGCGAGAAAAAUUGAAGACAGCACCCGCCAGAUCCACUUUCACCCCUUUGGACCUGCCCAUACAUGUACCCGAACACACGUUUGACCUCGAGGAGCCGGACCUUGGAGAACGCACUAAUGUGUUUGCUGAGCUGAGGGCUUGGAGGGAACACCAUAACAGGCGCCUUCAGGCUAUAGAGAAUGAGAGAUUACCACAGGUCCUUGCGAUAAACCACAGUGGUGCGGGAGAGACAGAUGAGGAUGAGGACGAGGACAGCAUGCAGAGCAACAGUAGUGAUGAAGAACAACAACAGGACAAACAGAGUGCCGACUCAAGUGCUGUCUCAGUGGACUCUUCUUUUCAUUCUCUCUCCCCAGUUGACUACCCACAGAAAAUAAGUGACCUGGAUCCCCAAGAAGCUCCCCUGCCUGAUGUGACUCUCCUGUCGCUGUCCCCAGACACCGCGCUGUCCCCUCCUCCCUGUGCCGCUGCAGCAGCACCUGUUAAUAGGAGGUUGCCAGGGAUCCGUGCACAAAGGCUUCGUCUCAGCCAGGGCGACCUGCAACGUUCACCAGAUUUCGUCAAAGAGGAAUGGGCCACUGGAGCAGAAACAGGCCUCGUGAUCCGGAGGAUCCGGCAGACGACAAGGACCAAUGAGCGUCCUUUGUCUCUGUCUGCCCAUGUACCCCACCCACCACCAAGGAUACACGAAAAGGGCAUGAAUUCAUGUGUGGAUAUGGCCUUUCCCAGAGCGCCUUCGGGCCACAAGAAAAAGCUGUCAAAAACGCCAGACAGAGCAGUGCUUUCCCGUCCCCACACAGCCAGAGCGGCUCUGCAGAAACAUCUCCAGCACCACCUUCUCCAGCCCUGCAGAGGAAGCUCACAACCAGAUUAACUCCAUAUCUGGAUCUUAAAACAAUCAAUCUCCAUUCUAUUUUCUCAGAUUGCUCUCAGUCACCCCCAUCUGAAAUGUGAGCAAAUGAGGCAAGUAAUAAAGAUGAAGGGAGGGGUUGAGGCAAAGAAAUUCAACAAAAUUAGAUGUUUUUGCUUUGGGUUGUCUUGGUAAACUGGCAUUAAUUCAUUAUUACAUUUGGCUCAGCAUCUGUCUUCUUUUUCGUAUAUUUUGCAACUGUAGGUGAAAGUUGACACUUAGCUUUAAUUUACCACAAUUAAGGAUAAUGAGUCAGGGACACCGAACCCCCCCCCCCCCCCCCCCCCCCCCCUCCUAACUGCUCCUCCCAAAUGUAUUUUCUCUUCUAGAUAUAUUUGAGGAACUCAUACAGUUUUUAUUACUUCUGAUCAGUUUUAUGGUUGGGGGCAGCGGAAUGGAGGAAAGAGGAGAUUAAUUGAAGGCAAACAAUAAGUCAGAUAAAGGGCCAAAUAUCCCUCCACUUAUAAUUUGGUCUUCAUCAGUUCUUAAUCCCAGCAUGUUGUUUGGAUGCAACAAAUUUCUGCUAUUAAGGAUGUUUUCCUCAUUUAGACAUUUCACUAACAAGUUGUUUUUUCUUCAAUUGGGGAUGUGGAUUAAAAGGAAUGUUGUUAAUUCUAUGAGUUUGUAUUUCU